AUGGUUGUGAUUCAACUUCGACCACCACCUCUUCCAAACACCCCUUCAAAGCGCGCCGACUCUGUGAUGCCCUCCCUUGAGGAGGACUUCAACCACAUUGCACUUCAUGGGCAGAAGCUGGCCACAGCGCAGGCUGAAUUUGCCGCUGCCCUCACAUCAUUCUCUCGCAAUAAAUCUCUGAGUGAAGUCCCGGAGGAGGCGCCUACGUGGCUCGCCUCUCUCAAACAGGAGCUCGGCGAGCAGGUCGCCGCAAGCAACGCUGCUAGCGCCGCCGCGACGGCCGCUGCCAACGCGGCCACCGCCGCCGCCAACGCGGCCACCGCCGCCGCCAACGCGGCCACCACCGCCUCCAACGAGGCUAAGAACUCCGUUAAGACGCUCAUGACCGUGGCCAACACGCUCGAGAAGGCCGUUGCCAACGGUCGUCUCGACCACGCGGUGGCGACUCGCUGGGCGAUCGCCCGCGUUGCCAACGGCCGCAGCAAGGCGGGAGAGCACCCUCUCGUGCCCCUCGAGCGCCGCCCGCAGCUCCCCGAGACCUUUGUGGUUGACGCACCGCUACCUGCGCUUCUUCACGCCCCGCGUGGGUUCCCGACGACGCUGUCGGCGGCCUGGGGUCUGGACGAUGACUCGAUCAUUAGGCUGCUCGACGCCUAUGCCCAGGUGCUGGAGGCUACGCCCGUCCAGCGUCGCAAUCAGUUCUUCUCCUUCAUCGGCGUGUGAAGAAGUAGAUUUGUAGUACAUGUUUCGAGUUGUAUUUACUUCCGUCAACCCUCUUAUGUGACUGCACAUUGGACAGCG